AUGAACAGUGUAAGGACGUGGACUCGAUCAAUUGGAUUUCUGCGCAGCCUCUCAUCCCCCGGAUCAACCAUCUUGUUCUCCUCCGCCAAGCAACCCAAUAACCCGUUUACUCUACCCGUUCAUCCGGCUUCACCCCGACGCACCAUGACUUCAGCAAUGGCUAAGCGCCUCGAAGGCAAGACGAUUGUGGUCACGGGCGCCUCAUCGGGAAUUGGCAAGAGCACUGCCAAGGAAUUUGCGCGCACGUCGCCUAAGAACCUCAAACUGAUCUUGACUGCGCGGCGCAUCGACGCGCUGAAGCAGAUCGCGGCUGAGAUCAAAGAAGAAGUUGGCGACGGUGUCAAGGUGCUUCCGGUGAAGCUGGAUGUUAGCAACCCGGCCGAUGUCAACGGCUUUGUGCCGUCUCUGCCGGAGGAGUUUAAGGAGAUUGAUGUACUGGUCAACAACGCUGGUCUGGUCAAGGGUGUUGCCCAGGCUCCUGGAAUCGAGCCCGAGGACAUCAAUGUUAUGUUCAACACCAAUGUCACCGGUCUCAUCAACAUGACCCAGGCCAUUCUCCCGAUCUUUAAGAAAAGGGACGAAGGCGGCCGUGGCGAUAUCAUUAACAUUGGCAGCAUUGCUGGCCGCGAGCCCUACUCUGGUGGGAGUAUCUACUGUGCCACCAAGGCGGCUGUCCGAUCCUUCACAGAUGCGCUGCGGAAGGAGCUCAUUGCAUCUCGGAUUCGCAUUAUUGAAAUCGAUCCUGGCCAGGUGGAGACGGAGUUCUCGGUCGUGCGGUUCUAUGGCGACAAGUCCAAGGCCGAUGCUGUUUACAAGGGCUGCGAGCCACUGACCGGCGACGACAUUGCCGAAGUCAUUGUCUUUGCUGCAGGGCGGCGAGAGAACGUCGUCAUUGCGGAUACCCUGGUCUUCCCCAGCCAUCAGGCCUCUGCCGGUGUGAUGCACCGCAAGUCUUGA